AUGCAGCUCAUCACCAUCCUCGGCCUCGCCGCGGCCGUCGCCUUGGCCAAGCCUACCGUCUACCUCAUCCGCCACGGCGAGAAGCCGGACGACGGCGAUGGCCUCAGCGCCCAGGGCGUCCAGCGCGCCCAGUGCCUGCGCAACGUCUUUGGCGCCAACUCCAACUUUAACAUUGGCCACAUCAUGGCCCAGACCCCCAAGUCCAGCGGCAAGCAGCAGCGUCCUUACGACACCGUCAAGCCUCUUGCUGACGACCUCGGCAUGAGCGUCGACACCUCUUGCGACCGCGACGACCCCAAGUGCGUCAAGAAGGUUGUCAAGAACUACACUGGCAGCGGCAACAUUCUCAUCUGCUGGGAGCACAAGGCCCUCACCGACAUUGUUGAGAAGCUCGGUGACGACAACGCCCCCGACUACCCCAGCGACCACUUCGAUCUGAUCUGGGUCGACCAGCCCCCCUACAACCAGAUCAACAACGUCCUGACCGAGAACUGCCCUGGCAUCUAA